AUGAAAUAUAGCCUGCGAAAAUCAUUUAAUUCUCGUCGACGUAAGGAUAUUACUGGUGAUGAUGAUCAAAUUAAUCCGCGAAAUGACCAUGUAGUCACAAGUUCGAAUUCGCAUCUGGUGAAAUCCAAACAAUCGAAAGGUUUCCUACGACGACGUCGCUAUUCAGCCUCACCGCCGCGUUCAUCAUCGCCAAAUCGAAACAAAACCAAAACCAGUGAACACCCGUAUAAUAACCACAUCAAUGACGAGGACGAUGAUGACGACCCAUUUUCAACUUCAGUAAAUUCCAAUCCUCGUCUUCGACCGUUUGACAAACUAACCGAUCAAAUUCGAAAAUCAUUUCGAAAUACUUUAACACGACAACGUCCACGAUUGGAAAGCAACAAUUCAAAUAAACGAUUGAUAUUCAAAAGCAACGAUGAAAAUCAUCCAGUCAAUCUACUUAUCUCGCCAAUCUCAACAGGUUUGACAUCACCAAUUACUUUACCAGCAGAAAAAACAACCGAUACAUCAGAUAACACCAAACUUCCUCCAAAACGACGAAAAGCUCCAUUAGCACCAACGCAUAUGAAUCAAUCGAAAUCAGUGCCCAAUCCUGAGUGCUCUACACUUAACAUAACUGAUCAACAAGAGUCUGGCUAUAUUUCAUCUCCAAACGAUUCGCAAACAAAGAAAACCAAAUUUAAUCGGUCGUUUCGUGCGCAAAUAUCCCUUCUGUUUAAAAAGCGUCAUGCAAAACAACAACAAAUUGUAAAUUGUCUCGACGACGAUCUUGAUCAUCAGCACCAUGACGAUCAAGAUGACGCUCCGGAUAAAAAGCAAACUUUUGCUCAACGAUUCGAUACAUUAAGACGCUCCUUACAUCUUGGCAAACGAAAUUCGUUGAAGAAAGGUACGAAUUAUUUACUUUCGAAUGAAUAA